GCGGGGGGCUCCCGGGCCCGGCGUCUCGCGAGAGGCAGCAGCGGCGGAGCCCGGCUAGCGGCGGGACGGGGCUAGGUAGCAGAGGCAGGAGGCGAGAAAGGCUGCGCUGCCCGGGCGAGAGGCUCCCGGUCUGCAGCACCAUGCUGAGUCCCAAGCCUCACUCUGCAAGCCGGAGGUGAAUGCAGGUGCAAGCCAGCUAUCGCAGUAGGUGUCAGGAUGACCAAAGCGCGGCUCCUCCGUCUCUCUGUGGUGCUGGUCUCCGUCUUCAUGAUCCUCCUAAUCAUUGUGUACUGGGACAACGUAGGGACAGCUCACUUCUACCUGCACACGUCCUUCUCCAGGCCUCAUUCCUCAGGAGCCAUCCCUGGUAUCACGGCAGGUGAAGGCUGGGAAACCCUGCCAGAUGUGGAUGAGUUUUUGGCAAAGCUGCUCAGUUCGAGCCUGAAGCAGAAUAGCUCUGUUCCUCGAAAGCCAGAGCAGCUACUCGUCCAGGGCUCCAGCAGGCCUGUGGUGAGCAAUCUGGAGGAGAACGUGCGAGGCUACGACUGGUCGGUGCACAAUGACAAGAACAGCUUGGACCAAGAGAAGCUGCAGGUCGAGAGGCAGAGAACGCUGCGAGAGUUUUGUGCCAAUUCCAGCCUGGCCUUCCCCACCAAGGAGCGCUCCUUUGACGACAUCCCCAACUAUGAGCUCAACCACCUGAUCGUGGACGACCGCCACGGCAUCAUCUACUGCUACGUCCCCAAGGUGGCCUGCACCAACUGGAAGCGGGUGAUGAUUGUGCUAAGCGAGAGCCUGCUGGACCAGGGGGUGCCCUACCGGAACCCUCUGGAUAUCCCCCGAGAGCACGUCCACAACACCAGCACCCACCUGACCUUCAACAAGUUCUGGCGCCGCUACGGGAAGUUCUCGCGGCACCUCAUGAAGAUCAAGCUGAAGAAGUACACCAAGUUCCUGUUCGUGCGGGACCCUUUCGUCCGCCUCAUCUCCGCCUUCCGCAGCAAGUUUGAGCUGGAGAACGAGGAGUUCUACCAGCGCUUUGCCAUCCCCAUGCUGAAACUCUACUCCAACCGCACCAACCUUCCCACCUCUGUGAGGGAGGCCUUCGAGGCGGGCCUCAGAGUCUCCUUUUCUGACUUCAUCCAGUACUUGCUGGAUCCCAGGACAGAGAAGAUGGUCCCCUUCAAUGAGCACUGGAGGCAGAUUUACCGCCUGUGCCACCCGUGCCAGAUAGACUACGAUUUCAUCGGGAAGCUGGAGACGCUGGAUGAGGAUGCUGCUUAUUUACUGCAGCUCCUCAAAGUGGACAGACUGCUUCACUUCCCCCCCAGCUACCGGAACAGGACUGCCAGCAGCUGGGAAGAUAACUGGUUUGCCAAAAUCCCGCUGGCUUGGAGGCAGCAGCUCUAUAAGCUUUACGAAGCAGAUUUUGUACUUUUUGGCUACCCCAAGCCAGAAAACUUGCUUAAAGACUGAAUGGGAUUGGGGGGUGGGUGUGGGAGGGAACAUCUGACAUACCAAAAAUGUUUAAAGCCUUCUCAUUUUUUGCUCUUAACUCCUUUUUCCCCACGCAGGUUGGUACAAUGGAAUAUAUUUUUUCUACUACUUCCCUUUCCAUGUUUGCAAUAAUGCCAGAGUCCAGGGGUGCUCCCAGCCAGCUGU